AUGCAUCACAACACUGAACUUGCUUCCAAUAUAUUUCUAUUCUGUUUGAAUGUUUUACAAAUUCUAUCAAAUUUACUUGUAUUAUUAGCAUAUUUCACGGAUCAUCAACUUUUAAAGAAUGAAAAUAUCAUCCUUCUUGUUUCACUUGCUGCUAUCGAUCUUUUUUACUCUAUGCUAUCAAUACCGUACUUAACCGUCUUAUUUAUCGGAUGGGUUCCAAAUGAUAAAGAAUAUCACUAUAACGAGUAUGUUAUAAUUGGUUUUGGUUCCGGUCCGGCAUCAUUGAUGAAAAGCGGUUGUACAAUAACAACUUUGAUUGCAAUAGAUCGAAUUUGGGCAUUAUGGUCACCAGUGAAAUAUUAUUCACUGAAAAAAAAACCCAUUUUAUGCGCUGGUUUCGUAUUUUCGCUUUUGAUGGCAGCUUUUGAUUGCUCGUUAAUAUUUAUAUUAUCAGAUGGUAUUAAACCGGUACCUGAUUGCAGCUCUUUUUCUUGUUUUGUUUCUGAGACAUUUCGUGUUUAUUGGGGAAUGUCUAAUAUGGUUUUCAAUUUACUAUCAUGUUUAUUGACUAUUGUCAUUGCAAUAUUGUUGAAAACGAAGAAAAAGCGUGAAACAAAUAUCAAAAAUUCAAUAGUUCGAAGAAAGGAAGAUAAAUGGGCAGGUCGUGCAACACUUUAUAUUCUCAUCUUAUCAGCAAUAUUUGGUGUUGUUCCGGGUGGAAUAAACAGUGGUGCACGAUUAAUUCAAUCAGAUUUCAUUAAUGCAUUGGCAUUUUACAUUCAAUUAUGCGCAUCGAUCAGCGGACUAAUGCAUGCAUUUAUCUUUGGAAUGGCUCAUAAUCUUAUUCGACGCCGAAUUCUUGCAAUGUUAAAAUUAAACAAAUAUUGUAAACAACAAUCGCAAAGACCAAGCCAAAAUUUCAGAAUUUAUCCAGUGACAACUUUAACUUAA